AUGGACACGCCGGAUAGGCCCCGCGCCGCCGCCGCCGCCCCCGCCGGGUUCGAGGAUUCUCCUGUCUUCAAUUUCAUCAACAAUCUCUCUCCUAUACCACCGCCUAAACCUUUAGACACAGCACAUAAUGUGCAGCUAUUCAAGUCAUCAGAUUUGGCGCCUGUUUCUUCGAUCUUUGCCUCACCACAUGUUAAUCCAGCAAAGGAAACUAAAGUUUUGAUCAGGGAUGAAUCUGUUCAGCUUCCUCAAGAAUUGCACUCACCUAGCAGUGUCAGGACUCGAAUAUGUCCCUCAGGCUCUUUUAGAAUGAUCAGAUGCAAAGACAUUGUGUCAGAGAAUUGCAAUAUCACUUGUCAACUAAACGAGGCAUCUAUUGAUUCUUCAGAUCAUACAUCAAACCCUACAGGCCAAUUGACUCAAUCCAUACAGGAUGCUGCUGGCAGUAUGGAAAGCGAUAAGGAUCAAUGCGCUGAUGGUAAAACAGACCUUACCAUGUCCCAGGAGUGUACAGGCCUAGAAGGUAUGAACCUUGAUGAGAGUGGCCUAGACAAAAUGGAUUCAUCACAUUCUGGGAUAGUUGUUCACGAAAACCAGCUAUCUGAACAAAACAAUGAUGAACCUGCAGCAUAUAAUGGGGAUUACAUGAUUACACACCAAUCAAGUAGUGAUAUGCUGACUUUAGCUGUAACAUCUGGAACAGAAACACAACCAGUGAAUGAUACACAAAAGUCUGAUGAUCCCUACUCUUGUGAAUCCUUUUUGGAUGAUCAGUCAAGUGGAUAUUGCACCCAAAAUUCUGUGCAUGAACCCCAUCUGUACUGGACUGGGGCAGUUGAAGGGGCUGCAGUAGCUUAUACUCCCCAAACACUACCUGGUGCUUUGCAAAGUCAGUUGAUGCCAUGUAACAAGCUCAAUGAGACAAAAGAUCACAUGCCUACUGAGCAAAAUGCCUUGCCACAGCAUUUACGUGGCAUGCGUAGGCGCAGCCUUUUCAACGAAAAGGCUGGGGUUAGUAAUAAAGGUGUAGACAAAGCUUCAGAUCAUCAUCCUGUUAAUUCAACUACCCCCAAAUGCAAAACUAUUUCUGGUGACAACUCAAAGCCUCUAAGAACCCCUCCAUGUGCAUUGCCUGGUAUUGGCUUGCACUUGAAUGCCCUUGCUGCAAUACCUAAAGAGAAAAUAGAUAUUCAGUCUACUAUAAAUGAAUUGAGUAACUUGAUAGGCCCUUCUGGAUCUUCUCCAGCACCUUCUGAGCAAAUCAUUAUAAAUGAUGAUUUCAAUCAAACAACUGAUGUUGCAACCGCCGAAGCUUCUAGUCAGGGUAGUCCCAAGAAGAAAAGGCAGAAGUUUGAUAAUGGUGAUGGCACUUCAUGCAAGCGUUGUAGUUGUAAGAAGUCAAAAUGCCUGAAACUUUACUGUGAGUGUUUUGCCGCUGGAGUCUAUUGUUCUGAGCCUUGUUCGUGUAUCGGCUGUCUGAACAACCAGAGUCAUACGGAAACAGUUCUAUCUACACGGCAACAGAUUGAAUCUCGCAAUCCAUUAGCAUUUGCUCCAAAAGUAAUUCAUACAUCUGAGCCUGGUCUGGAAUUAGGGGACUUCUCCAAUAAAACUCCUGCUUCAGCUCGUCACAAAAGAGGAUGCAAUUGCAAGAAGUCGUCGUGUCUAAAAAAAUACUGUGAAUGUUUUCAGGGUGGCGUGGGAUGUUCCAUAAGUUGCAGAUGCGAGGGCUGUAAGAAUGCUUUUGGAAAACGGGAGGGGGCUGCUGUGUUAGGCAUAGAGGAACCUAAGCAGGGAUUGGAAGAAAAGAAUGUUUGUGUGAAAGAAGAAAAAAGUGAAAUCGAUAAACAGCUUGUCAUCUACCAAACUACUGAAGCUGCUCCUGCUGAGAAUGUACUGACCACACCUUCCAUGGUGGAGUGCAGACCCUUGGCUUGUCUCCCACCCCCAAGCUCCAAGAAAAGCACCAAAAAACCACGAUCUUCAACAAAACUCACUGGACAUCCUUCUCGGCUGUGCAACUUACAAGCUCCUCCAAAGACCGACAUUGUGCUCUCCCCAUUCAAAAACUACGUGGAAAUGGCCCUUGGUGAUAGCACAUUAGAUAUCCUGAAGGGAAAUUCAUCUCCUCAAACUUCUGUUAAAGUCGUGUCACCAAAUAAGAAGCGAAUCUCUCCCCCACGAAUGGGUACUGGACUAUCUCCAAUCUGUACGAGUGGCAGGAAGCUGAUUCUCAAGUCCAUCCCAUCUUUCCCUUCCCUUGGUGGUGACGCCCUUCCUGUUGGUUCACGAGAUCCCCCACCCGCUGACUGCACCAGAUUGUUUCUAUCAUACCAUCAGACAGUGAUGGACAACCAAGCGAGCUUCCUUUCAUCAUUUCUACUUCUCUUGAUCAACGAUUAUUUAUGUACUGCUAUAAUAAUCCACUGUGUGAUGACAAAAUUCUACCUCCCAGAAUCACCAGUGGCAUUUGGAACGUGCCUGAGCAUGCGUUUCAUUAAUAAGAGAGAAAAAGGAGUUUACAAGAAGCAACCAGCUGCACAUCCAGAACAGGUUUUGAAUGAGAAAGCCAAGCCCAGGUCGAAACGGAGCCCAACCGGAUCCGAGGAGGCAACAGCGGAUCAGAGCCGUCCCAGCAGCGAGCGCGAAUCUCAAAGCACCCCUAACCCCCAUUCCAUUCCACCAGUUGGCUUUCCUUCCCUCGUGUCCUCCCCUCCCCUCCGACAAUCCGACUCCGCACCUCUCACCCCUCACGCGCUUGCUCGCCUUCGCUUCGUCGCCACGGCGAGCCCCACGCCGCCCGAGCCGCCGAUUGGGGCGCCGCCAGCUGCUGCGGCGGCGGCGACCGAUCCGAUGGAAGCGGAGGUGGUGGAGCCGAAUCUCCCGAUGCCGGAGCCCGCCGGAUCGGAGCCGGACGACGCGCGCCUCUCCCCGCCUCCUCCUGCUCCUGCUCCGCCUCCGCCUCCGCCUCCGCCUCCUCCGCCCCCGCCACCUCCCGCCCCGGUCCUGGCCCCGACCCCCGCCGCCGAGGCUGCCGCGCCCACCGCCUCCGCGGCCGUCUCGCCGCCGGCUGCAGCGCCGGCGCCGGCGGAGGCCAACGGCAACUCCGACAGGAAGAGGAGGAGGAAGGCGGAGGACGGGGACGGGUGCAAGACCUGCAGCUGCAAGAAGUCCAGGUGCAUGAAGCUUUAUUGUGUGUGCUUUGCUUCUGGGUCACGUUGUACUGAGUCAUGUGGAUGCGGACCUUGUGAAAACAAGCAACCACUGCAAGUUGCUCCACGGACUGCACCGGUUUUACCUCUGAAACCUGUCCAAACAUCAGAAGCUGGUCAAGACAUAGUGGAACAAGUCAUAAGGUCCCCUAUGGAUCUUAUUAGAAGAAAAUGCACCUGCAAGAAGUCAGGCUGCCUUAAGAAGUACUGUGACUGCUACCAGGGAGGGGCAGGAUGCUCCAUCAACUGUAAAUGCGAUGAUUGUAGAAACCCAUUUGGGAGAAAAGUUGGCGUUAUUUUGGAUGGUAAAAGCAGUGUUGCUGCACCUAUACUGCACGAAAGAAAUGGGACUGAAGUUGACUCAAGCGACGACGAAGAUGACUUCUACAUGAACCGACAACUCUCCCCAAUCCCUCCGUCUCCAGUGUCCAGGGAGUCUUCAUUCCAACAGGAGACUCUAGUCGGCGUCGAAGUCCAGACCAUGAACGGGCACCUGUACCCUAAACCACUGGCUCAGGUGCGUCCCGAGCCAUCCUCCUGGCAGCCCUCCAGGAGGCCAGUCGAGGAACCGCGCGGAGAAAUAUGGCGCUUCUCCAGGAGGCCCAGCGAGGACGGAACCUCUGAUGCUAUGGAAGCGCAUGCCGUCGCCCCGAGAGAGAGCAAGAAGCCAGAGAUCCAUGGGGACAGGUUCAGCAUCCCGCGGUGUAUCGAGGUGAUGAGCACCAUGGCGGAGCUGUCGCCGGUCGAGAAGUCGCUGGCGCCUGACGUCUUCUUGGACACGAGCAACCGGGAGAUUUUCCUCUCGCUGAGUGUAGAUAUUAGGCCAAUGUGGCUGAGGCGUAAGAUGAAGAGCCUUGUCUAG